CUUCUCUGUCCUCUCUCUAAAUAUAUAAGUUUCUGUCUUUUCUAACACCGGUAUUAGAAUGUCUACCCCUAAAUCCUCAAGUAAACUAAAAUCCCUUGAAAACAACCCUCAUAUUGACAUGGGAUUUACCAUACUUCAAAGGAACACAUCCAUUCCUCAACCCACAGAAAGAAGAGGCCGGAAAAAGGAGGCUGAGCCGGGGCGAUUUCUCGGAGUCAGGCGACGUCCAUGGGGACGAUACGCAGCGGAGAUAAGAGACCCCACAACUAAAGAAAGACACUGGCUUGGAACAUUUGACACUGCCCAAGAAGCUGCACUUGCUUAUGAUAGGGCUGCCCUUUCCAUGAAGGGCACUCAAGCAAGAACCAACUUCAUCUACUCUACUGAUCAUGAUAACACCAACUUUCACUCUUUAAUCUCCCCACUUGAUGUACAAACCCUAUUCCCACCUACACAACUGUUCAAUGCAUCACCUGUGCUCCCCCAAAACCCUACUAUUCUCCCUCAACACCCUAACCAAUCAGGUAAUGACACGUGCUACCAAUCUUCCAAUGAUGACCAUCAUAACUUCAUGAUUAGUGAAGGUGACAAUUCUGGUUACCUGGGCUGUAUUGUACCUGAUGAUUACUUAAACCCUAGAAGCAAUAACAAUGAAAAUACUAGUCAUGAUAACCAUGAUCAUUCAACAGUUGAAUGCUCAUACUGGGAUCAAAGCAAUCAACUUUUUGGUUCUAAUGAAGGGGAGUUGUAUGGUAACAUAUGGGGUGGAAGUGAAAGCUCUUGGGAGACGAUGAACGGAUACGACUUGUCAGCCGUCGUGAACUAUCCUACACCGAUGGCUGACGAUGAUGGACAUGGUUUAUACGAGCCGAAUUUGAGCUACGACUUCAUGGUUGGUGCUAGUAGCAAUGUGACCAAUACUUCAUCUCGUACUAGUUGCUCCUAUAGUGAGAUAGACAUAGUUGGUAUUGGAUACUCUCUUUGAUUUGUUUUUAUUUUUGAGUUUUGUGUGUUGAGUAAGUUUGUUUUCUCUGCAUGUUCAAUUCUACCUCCAUCAAUGUAAACCUUGAGCUUUAAAUCUUUAACGUGGAUUCGUGUUAAGAAAGUC